AUGAUCAGCGUUUGCAGCCAUGGAAGCUGCCAAUCCCAGGGCUCCAGUGCAUUGAUUUCCGACCUGGAGGACUUAGCGGAGGUACUUCCCUUGAACUUCAGCCAGCGCGGAUGUUUGGGACUCUGUGGCCAGGGGCCCAACUGUCUGUUGGAGACGAAGAAGGGAAGCCAGGCAUUGAAUCACUUGGAUUCCUUCAGCAAAGUCAUUUCGAUGGUGAAGAAGUUCCUGAAGGCUCAAGGUAGCGACUUCACAUGUCCAGAGGAUCUGCUGACACGCUCGAAGUUGAAGUCCGACGCCAUGCGACUGCUGAGCAAGAGCCCCUUCCGACCGCAGCACACGGCGGAGGAUAUGCUGCAAGCAGCGGAGCUUCUGUCGAGGGCGAUCGCCUUGGAAGAUGCGCGGCCGGGGAAAGUUCGGUCGCGCAGGACCUACGAGCUGCUGCUGCUGCGCGGCCAGUCCCUGGGUCGCCGCUCCCUGGCGCUGCGCGCGUCGAACGGUGACGCUUCGGCGACGGCGGCGGCGGCGCUGGAGCUGCUGGGCCGCGCCAUGCUGGAGAGACCCAGGGCGCUGGAACCCUUGGUGGAGGCGGCUCACAUCUAUGCCUUUAGUGGGGACACCACCAAAGCCGUGGAGUUCUAUCAGACAGCCAUCACCUUAAUGAAAGAGCUCAAGCUGCCCAAGCACGAAGUGGCGCGUCUGGAACGACGCGUGGAGAAGUUGAUGGCUGGGACCCAGCAGCCCUUGGACUCCGGCGAUGGGGCUGGUCUGUGGAGGGUCGAAGACAUCACAGGCGUCUCGAAAGACACUUGCAUCUACCACCUGCGCGCAAAUCCACCAGGGAGUCCACAUCCCUUUCCGCACAGUGCCUGGCAUAUCCAAGUUUUUCUGGGCUCCACCGUCCGAGAAUACACUCCCAUCUCUUCCGCCAGCGCCUGGGAAGACGGUCGCCUGGAGCUCUUGGUAAAGACCUACCCGGACGGCUGCGUGUCGCGCUUCUUCGGCACGCUGCGCACGGUGCAGGAGGCCCGGGAGGCGGCACUGCAGAGCUAUGCACCGCUGGAAGAACAGAACUGCUGGGUCCAUGUCUCGGCUCCUUUGUUAACCCUGGACCUGCCAUCCUUCACCGGUGCGGCCGCAGCGCCGCAGCUGGCGCUGGUCGCGGGUGGCACGGGGAUUGCGCCCCUGGCGCAGAUCAUCUCCCACUGCGUGGCUGGUGGCGUGUUGGAACGGUGCCAGGUGAUGCUGUUGUACUCCAGCCGAACGGUAGAGGACAUUUUGAUGUUGGACGAACUCCGGCGGCUGGCAUCCGCCUGCUGCGGUCGUCUCCAGGUCUUCCAUACCCUGAGCCGGUCACCGGGGGCUCGGUCCUCGCGGUCCCGGACGCGCCUGUACUUCUCGGGAUGCCACCAGCAUUUUCGCCAGGAGAUGGAGGAUAUGGAGGAGGUAUCCACCUGGGAAGGGCAUGUGGAUGAAGAGAUGAUGAGGAAAGCCUUCGAGAUGGGAUUUGGAACUGGAAAGAUGACAAAUGCCACGAGAAUCGUGGUCUGUGGACCACAGGGCCUUCUGGACACAGUUGAGGCAUGUUGCUCCGUGGGCGAAGGCUUUCGUUCAGAACACUUGGUGCUGUUGCAGGCCACCAAGCAGAGUGAAGCCCCGAUAGACUCCAGCGACUCCAGUGAGGACGACGAAGUCGCCUCUGAGAAUGUCGCCGUUGCCAUUCCCAGGAUCUCCAUUUCAGCACCAGCACUGAAGAUUCCUGCGGUCGAGGAUCCCAAGGAUCCCAAGGAUUCCGAAGGUCCCAGCGUCCCCAGCACCCGGAAACCUGGAGAUCUGCUGAAGGAACAGCUGGGCCAUGCACAGAAUGGGAUGACUUUCGCGGAUCGGGUGCGGAUCGAGGCUGCGCAAAAAGUGGUCUGCAAGGGCUGGUCCACCUUUUUGGUCUUGAAAAGCUUAGACUCGGUGCUGAAGAACAUCGGCGAGGCUGUGGCCAUCCUGGUGAUCUAUGUCUUCGACGUCCUGGUUGCGGAGUCUGUAUCUGAUUUCCUGCCGGUGCACGGCAAGGAAUUUCACAUCUCAACGUGUCUCAUGGUGAUGGUCAUCGUGCUGACAGUGGUGAGUUACACCUUGGCUCCUGCGCGGCCAGCCACCAAGUAG